UCUACUAUGGGAGGUUAUGCAGGAAUGCGGGGCACUGAUUAGGGCCUGGCCUGCGCGAUAUCAGAACCUACUACAAACCACAGGAAUUCGAGUUGCGCAAAUCAGAGAUGAAAACCUCGAGUUGUUUGUUCCUCAAGCUGACACCAGAUCACAUGUCUGGAUUCUGUUUCACUCCCACUCUCCCAUCGCUGUGGUGGAAAAACUCUGGAACUAUUUCUCUGACUGUGAGGCCUAUUGUUUAUUGUACAAACCAGUAGGACGAUUAUAUAUAAAGGACAAAAUCAAGAUGUUUGCAUAUCUGAUUCCCAGCUGUGAUAUUUUGGUUCAGGUAUUGAACAAAGAGCAUAGCAGCUAUAAACAAGUCUUUAAAACAAAAGUGUUAGUACACAAAAAUGCCUCAUAUAGAUUGCAGUUCGGAAAUAAGAACAUAGCCAAAGUUAUCACCAUCACCCCCGAGGAUGCCAUAGUGUUCAAACACUCACUAUGUCCUAAUGUGCCGAAGACAAAAUACAUGCUGCAGCUGGAUGGGUGUUUCGAUGAUUGGCCCUUGAUGCUUCAACUGCUGCAGGAGGAUAAAAGCUGUUUGGUGUUAAAUGAGCUCAUCACUGAGGAACAAUUGCAACAUGAAAAUGAAGAAUACAUCUUGGUUAGGGUGAAUGGAAAGCUGCACUGCAUCCUUAGAAUUCACAGUCACAUCACCUACCAGCUUUUCACAACCGAAAUGGAACUGACUUUCCCAGGAGAGACAUUCAACGUAUAUUAUAAAAUAAAAGGAGACGUUCCAUUGCUGAUUAAUGGACAGAACAGUAUAGAAUACCUCCUCAAACACUGCAGGGUGGGGGAUAUUGUCCUGGAAGCUGAAGAACAGUCUCCUUGCCCCAGGUUGAGGGGGACCAGUAAGGAGGAAGAUCCAGUGCUUACCGAUCUCAAGAACAAGGCAUCCAGUCAGUCAGGGAGCUUCAUGCCAUCUAGGAUCCCAAGAUCACAAGGCAGAACGCAACAGAUUGUUGAGACAUCAAAACACUUCCUGCAGAAAAAUAAGACAGAGAUCAUAACUAGGCUCACUGAAGUCCACAGCAUCAUUGAGGAAUUGAAAAACAAGGAUAUUCUCAAUGAAAUUGAAUACGAGAAAUUGCUCACGGCCAAACAUCUUUCAGACCAAAUUAGAGAAACACUGAACUGUGUCAUAAAAAAGGGAAGCGUUGCAAUGAAUUAUUUUCAUGAUCUACUUCACAAAUACCAUCCAUUGCUUGUUAAAGACAUAGAGAGUAAGGAGUUGUCAGUGGAGUAGAGUACAGAAUAUAGAUACCUGCCCUAUCAGCACACCUUUACUAGGUGCAAAGUAUAUUGCAAGUGCUUACAGUGAAAAAUUAGUUAUGUUGUAAAAUCCAAAAGUGAUUUAUCUUUUGCAAAUGUUCAUUAUUACAGUAGAAAAGGCCAUUUAUCUCAUCAUAUGU